AGAAACAAAAAAAAAAAAAAAAAAAAAAAAAAAAAACCGGCAGACCAAAUUAACUCCUGUCAAGCCUGUUUAACCGCAUCGCUUAAUCACCAUCUGCUACUGGUAGGUUGCAACCCGAAGCCACCCAUCCCCGUGGAACUCGUCAGCAAGCAAACCGGGCCCAGAUUUCCUGGGGCAGUGCUGGUUCCUCUUGGUGUUCCAGGGGGCCGGGCCACGAAUUAAAGAAAAGCGAAUCAGCAAUAAACAAUCCCAGUCCCGAGGUCCCGAAAGGCGGUGGAUUGAGGAGCAGCAACGUUGAUCUUUUGUCUGCAUCUUACGCUAGCGACCACUUUUCCAGGGGAUCGAACCUUUUCUUACCUACCCCGAAAGAAUAAGGGGAAAACUCCCUUGAUUAUUCUUUCCAUCCGGGAUCGAAAUAUUUGUUUCGAGAUUAAGGCGCCCCUCGUCACCCUCCAAAAGUGUUGCAUUAGCCAAGGGUAGGCGCCUUGGUAGGUACUAUCGCUACCGCUGAUUGGCCAAUCGCCCGAAAAGGAGAUCCCUUCUAAGCACAAAGCAGCGAACUCUUGUGCAUUAAGGCCAAGGGGGGGCGAAGAGCUAUUCCGGACAGUCAUUUAGUUGGCCCGGCUUUGACCCGCGAAUUCGCGUCGUUCAACUUUUUUUCUUUUUUGAUUUAUAAGUUCACCGGUGCUUGAGGGCCUAGCGUCGUAUGCACAUCUAAACGGCAUUAAUAGACCUCGCCAUAGUAGCUACUAUUUUAUUGCUUCCGGCGAUUCCGGAAAAGUGCUACAUACAUAAUUCAGAAUCGUGCCCGAGUUUCCAUUUUUCAAUCUAUUGAGCACAGUAUUCCAACUCAGUGGCUCCAAUGCUCGUCAUGGAGCCAGCAAUGGCCUCGGGUCCUGUACAUACAGACCCAGGCCAGGCCUUUCAACAGCCACCACUACAUACAUUAGGUUCGGAUCAAUCGGGUAGCAGGACGGAUACUUCGGAGGAGGAGGAUGAUGGUGUUUUCAGUGAGGGCGAGGCUGCCCAGAGCCUCUUCCAACCAGCAAUCAGUCCCAUCGCCACACGCUUGGCCUGGCCCGGGACUCCUGCUGCUGAGAAGGCUGCUGCCAUGUGGGAUUUCAUGGAUGGGCCCACCGACAACAUUGCUGACAGCCUCUCGUCAAAUCCUUCUGCUGGACCGAACCAUGGAGGCGUUUUUGUGGCACGGCCAGAAACACCAGCUAACAUGUUGAAUGCAACGCUCAACGGAGCUUCCUCGGUAGCAGUGCCACAUAAACCGGCAUCUGUCCCUACCAUAGCACCGCAAAACCGACCUCAAAUGCCGGAAUCAGGGGCGGGGAAGCUUUCCAACUCCGGUACCCCCGGUUUCUCAAGUCGCAAGCGGGCAAGCACUGUCGGCGGCGAUGCCCUAAAGAAAUUGUCCAGGGCGAUACCCUCGAUAUCCAUGCCGUCCAACUUCCUACCCAGCCUACCAACUCCUUCAUUCUUCUCGUCAUCAUCACAUAAACGUGACACUUCUCUGUCUCCAACUCGAAAUGGAACAUGCACAAAAUCGGGGCAGGUCACGACAGACCACAGCUUCGAGGAAAGCUCUCUUGCCAAGGAAGAGUCCAUAGCCAUACGAUAUCCACACGGACCAAAGCCGCUGCGUCCCUUGGGGCGGCCUGGACAGGCUUACACGCUGCGAAGAUCAACAUCUAUGGAGUCCACAUUAUAUAACCCAAUGACGAGGGUCUCUUCUUAUGGCGACGAUGAACGAUUUCUGGACGUGAGGAAAAUGACAAAUUCGAGAUUCAAGGCCAUCAUGGACAGCUUCGACCGGCCAUCCUUCAAGAUGCCGCAGCUCCCCAGUAUGACAUCGCCGUUUAAGAGCGGUAGCUUUACAGAAUCUUCCAUCGGCUCCGUACCCAGAUCACCAGGAAAACCACGCAACAGCACGAUUAGCCCCAAGGACGGCAUAGCAAUACUCGAUGCUGUACUUGAAUCACUUACUGGCGAUGUUGUGGUUCUAGGAGGAUACAGAGGAUCGAUACUUCGCUCAGCAAGCUCACCACAUCAACAGUUAUGGGUUCCUGUAAAGGUCGGUCUCAAUAUGCGCAAAGUAAAUCUCGAAGUCGGACUUGAUCCUCAGGACGAGGAAACCAUGGAGGAGCACAUAAUACCGUCCAGCAUGCUUCAGAACAUCGGGCCUAUCGACAUCUCACGUCGGCUGUUGAGGCGAAUGCGUGAAAGCCGAAACGCGAAAUCAGGAACUCUUAGAGUCCAUGAGUUUGCCUACGACUGGAGGCUUAGCCCUGCUCGGUCUUCAGCACGCUUACUCAAAUUUCUUGAGGGCUUGGAAUCCAAUGUACGGGACAAACCAAGCGGAGCUCUUGUUGUUGCCCACAGCCUGGGCGGCCUGAUCACCCGCCACGCUGUAAACCAACGGCCAAAUCUCUUUUCCGGUGUGGUUUACGCAGGCGUUCCGCAGCGCGCCAUCAAUAUCAUCGGUCCGUUGCGUAACGGCGAUGCGGUCCUUCUCAACCAGAAGCUCCUCACGGCGCAGGUCAACUUCUCCUUCCGCACGAGUUUCGUAUUUCUGCCCGAGGAUGGCGAAUGUUUCGUCUCCAAGGAUGGCACACAUGAGUUCAAGUUCGACUUUUACGACCCAGAAAACUGGGUCAAGUACAGGCUGUGCCCUGCCGUCGCACCACCCCUCAAACCGGCACUGCCCGUCAGCAAACUCGACUCGGCCCUGUAUUCGCUGCGUGAGAUGUCCACGACCAUCUCGACCUUCGACCUACGUGGAAAGAGCGGCAGCGAUGAUCGAGGCCGUAAGGCUUCCAUCCUUGCCAACGGCGGCGUCCUAGGCCCGCCUCCUCUGCCGACCGAGGACUCCGGGCCGCACCAAACGAACGGCGACGACAGCCGUACAAGCUCGCCGGGAUCUAGCCAGGGACAGCAGGAAGACCAGCACUACUCCAGGGCCUACAGGUACCUGGCACGGACACUGGCGGAGACGAAGCAGUUCCGGGCCGAGACGCAGCACCGACCCGAGCUGAGUGACUCCAACGCCUACCCACCGCUGGCCGUCAUCUACGGCAAGGACACACCCACGGUGCACACCGUGCGCGUAUCCUCGCUCGACGCCAUUGCCAGCCCUGACGAGACCUACAAUGACCUGGUCUUUCGAUCUGGCGACGGCGUCGUCCUCGCGCGCGAGGCCAUGUUGCCGCCGGGCUACGACGUCGUCAGCGGCGGGAGGAUCAGUACGGAGAAGGGCCACAUUAGCAUACUGGGCGAUUUUGUCGGCGUGGCCAGGGCCAUUGAGGCGGUUUUGAGGGGCCGGGGCAAGGGGAUUGGAAAAGGCGUAGGGGCUAUGGAUUCAUGAAAUUUUGACUUACUUUUUUUUUGUAUUCGGUGUCAUGAUUGUAUUGGGCAAGGCGUCAAAGUGGCAGAAUUGGAUAUCACAAAACAUGAAUUGAAGAUCAAUUUCACGACAUUUACUCUACUGAGACCACAAGAGGGCAAACAAGAAAA